AUGGCGAUAUGUGUGGUCCUGCGUAACGGAGAGUCGACAUCCUCUUCAACGAACAGUUUCCUCAAUGUCUUGUUCUGGACAGAACCUGGCAAAACGGCGCAAACCAAUGGGAACCUCGCUGUGAGCGAAUUAUUGUGCUAUCAGGACGUCUCCGCGGUAGACGGCCGUCCCCCAGUGGACAACGCCGCCAUGGAGACUCCCCCAUCGACCUUAACGGAAUCGGAUGACUGUUCCAAUCGUGAGGGCGAGACGGUCACUUUCAUGGUUCCCGAUCAGUCGUUGCGAGCAUUCAAAGCCUUGCGCAGAAUGUACAACGACCACGUCCUCUGCGACGUGGCUCUGCAGACCGGAUCCAAGCAAAUCCAUUGUCACAGGUUGAUACUGGCUUGUGUUUCGCAGUAUUUCCACGCCAUGUUCACAUCGGAUCUGAAAGAAUGUUCGCAAUCGGUUGUGGAGAUCCACGACAUAAACUCCGAAGCGCUCCAGCAGAUCGUCGACUUCGCGUAUUCCUCGCAAAUCACGUUGUGUCCCCAGAACAUUCAGUCGCUCUUACAUGCGGCCUCGGUGCUCCAGAUAGACAAUUUGGAGCUCGCGUGCUGUCAAUACAUGAAGGACAAAAUUAUGGCGCAUCAUAACUGUUUGGGAAUAUGGCAUUUCGCAGCAGCCCACGGCCUCAACGGGUUAGCUGAAGCUGCUUACAAAUUCAUCCUUCGAAACUGGCCGGAUAUCACGUGUUACGGGGGCGAAGAGUUCCUAGCCCUGGACGCUUCGACCCUGGAACGACUUUUGGAAUCGUCGAGUCUCUGCGUAGACAAUGAAAUUCAGGUCUAUGAGUGCGUGCUCAAUUGGCUGAGCUGUGGGAAUCGAAUGAGCGACAAAAGCUUAGUGUCUCGGAUCCUCGCCAAAGUUCGCCUGCCUUUAUUGCCACCUUGUUAUCUGAGGAACACGGUCAUGUUCGAUUUUUCCGACAACAUAGAAUGCAGGAAUCUAAUUGACGAAGCCAAGGACUAUCAACUCUGGAGGGCAUCUCUGCUGUCUGGCGAUGCCCCCAUCUCAUCGGACCGUUUUGAGCCUCGGAAGAGUUAUGCGGGAAUUCUGUUCUGCAUCGGAGGACGCGAUACUUCGGGCGAUCCCUGCGCAUCGACCGAAUUCUAUUCUGUGCUGGACAACGUCUGGUUGAAAGGGGUGGACAUGCGUAUCAAAAGGAGGCAUGUCGCUUCUUGUAGCGUCGCAGGUAAAGUUUAUGCGGUAGGAGGCUGCGACGAAGACAACCGCCAUUUAUGCUCCUGUGAAGUUUUCAACCCAAACACAUUCCAAUGGAAAUCAAUAUCACCGAUGAGGACUCCUCGGAGAGGUCUUGGAGUUUGUGCCGUCAACCUCGAAACGGGUCCAAUCUACGCUGUCGGGGGUUUGGACGACAUCAAUUUCUUCAAUACUGUGGAACGAUACGAUAUCAUGAACGAUGCGUGGACGUCUGUCGCGCCCAUGCUUACCCCGAGAGGCGGUGUUGCUGUAAUUGCAGUACAGGGCAUUAUAUACGCGUUCGGCGGCAACGUGGGUCAAACAUCGCUAUCGGCUUGUGAAAAGUACGAUCCGCAUCUCGAUCGAUGGACUCAUACGGCAUCGAUGAAGCACAGACGAGCUGGCGCUGCAGCUGUAGUCGGAUUAGUGGAUAAAUACAUUUAUGUUUUCGGAGGAUUCGACAACAAUAUACCGUUGAAGUCCGCCGAAUUGUACGACUUGGAGAGAGACGAGUGGACUCAAGUCGCUCCCAUGUCUGUCGCUCGCGGGGGAGUGGGUGGUGCGGCUCUUGGGAAUCGAAUUUACGCCGUUGGAGGCCACGACGGCACCAAGUACCUCGAAUCAGUGGAAGUCUACGACCCAAUACUGAACACAUGGUCCUUCGCGCAUCCAAUCUGCAGGCGGCGUGCCGGAGCAGGUGUCACCCACUGCACUGGCUCUAUUCUGAAUCUGAUGCAAAAAGUCCGUCAGCUCGAUCUUAAUAGCGGGACCACAACCGGCAGAUCGAAGUCAGAUUCAUCGAAAUCAAUCCAAGAUCAGGGAUCUAAGCUGAAGAUUAUGAGCGAACAAAGCAAUGAUCAAUCGGUGAAGUUUACGUCGACGAACUCGCGCUAG